GCGGCCGGCGGCGGGACGGGCGCGGCCAUGGAGGCCGAGGACUGCCGUUACCAGUUUCGGAUCGCACUGCUGGGGGACGCGACCGUGGGCAAGACGUCGCUUCUGCGGCGCUACGUGGCGGGCGCGCCAGGCGCCCCCGAGCCCGAGGCCGAGCCCGAGCCCACGGUGGGCGUCGACUUCUACCGCCGCGCGCUGCAGCUGCUGGCCGGGCCGCGCGUGAAGCUGCAGCUCUGGGACACUGCGGGCCACGAGCGCUUCAGGUGCAUCACCAGGUCCUUCUACCGGAACAUGGUGGGUGUCCUCCUGGUCUUUGAUGUGACAAACAGGAAGUCUUUUGAACACAUCCGGGACUGGCACCAGGAUGUCCUGGCUACUCAGGGCCCCGACAAGGCCAUCUUCCUGCUGAUCGGCCACAAGAGCGACCUGCAGAGUGCCCGCUGCAUCUCCGCCCAGGAGGCAGAGGAGCUGGCCGCCUCCCUGGGCAUGGGCUUCGUGGAGACCUCGGCCAAGAGCAACCACAAUGUGGAGCUGGCCUUUGACACCCUGGUCAAUGCCAUCCAACAGGCCCUGCAGCAAGGGGACAUCAAGCUGGAAAAGGACUGGGGGGGCGUCCGGCUCAUCCACAAGGCCCCAGGUCCCAGGUCCCCCAGUAGGAAGCACCCCCCAGGCUCAUGCCAGUGUUGACUCUAAGAGAGCAAGGGUUAAAGCAGCGCUGGCAGCAGCGCCAACACCAGCCCAGUGGGAUGGGACCUUUGGCGUUCCUAUAAACAGCAUCCCGACGCGGUCACGCUUCUUGGAGUUGGGAGAAAGGCCUGAGACCAGCUGCUCCACUUCCUGUUUGUCAAGUGUCAGUUUCCUAGUCCGUCAUUAAGGAUCAUGUGAAAGAUCCCCUUCCCUGGGAGAUUGUGGUCCCAUGCAAGCUGGUGGAGGGGACAUGCUGGCUCCCAGAGCCUGUCAUGCUGAGAGGUCAUUGGUGAGAGCUGUCGUCCCCGCUGCUGGCUUCCUGAGCUAUAAUGCCACUGCUUCCACCAGCGUGCCAGGACCUCAACACACCCCCGCUCCCCUCACCUCCAACUGAAAGGGUGGCUGGAGAAUUACAAUGGGAGGCUGGCCUGCUCAGGCCUCCCUAGCUGCCACAAAGGAUCUGGGCAGGGACCUAAGGGUGGCCUGCGACCUGGGGCUACUGGCCAAGGUUCCCACCCCAGCCAGGUCCAGGGCCUGAGGCUCCUGCGCCUGCCCCUGCCCCAGGCCCCUCUCAAGCAGCUGGGAGAGCCAUUAGGAUCUGCAGCAGCUCACAGUGCUAUCUGGGAC